AUGGUCAAUAACACCGAAGAGACUGAAAACACUCCCGACAGCCGCGAAGAGUACCUCAAACAAAAAGCACUGAUCGACGAAAUUCGAGAACAAAUGAAUUCCAUUUCUUCACUCAUCCAACAAGAGACGAAUCGUCUGAAAACACUCCAAGAUAAGAUGGACACGAAAAUAGAAGAGAUACGGAUCUUCUUGGAAAAGAACCCCGUCGAUGACCAAGAGGCAAGUGAAGACUCUUGGGGGGAAGACGAUAUCAUUUGGGAAGAGUUUGCCGAUCACCAUCACCCAAAAGCUCAAAAGGUAGAGGACGCAAAAAAGCCGAAGCCAAAGGAAAUCUUGUAA